UGUCCUGUCCAAACGACACGGGAGGUGCUGGGCGCGAGCCUCUCUCCGAUUGGCUCCUGCGCGCCCGGGAGCGAGCUCUGAUUGGGCCGCGCGGGAGCGAAGCGGGUUCCCGGGAAAGCUGGCGCGCGGGGUGAGUGCGCCUGGUGAUGAGUAAACUCCGGGCAGCAGCUCGCAGCGGGCGGGGACUCCAGCAAGGCGCAGGGGAAGGGAGGAAAUCCCCAAGGAGGUGCAGGAAGAAUGUAUCAUCCCAUAAAGGCAUGCUUCCUCCAGUAUCUGCCCAGCAAUCUGCGUACCAUCUCUUCAGCCACCCGGCAGAAAUCGAGGCCUUUCGGAAGAAUUUGCUCGCCUGGUACGACAAAUGCAAGCGUGACCUUCCCUGGAGGAAAUUGGCUGCAAGCGAAUCAGAUGCUAACAGAAGAGCAUAUGCAGUGUGGGUGUCGGAGAUCAUGCUCCAGCAGACGCAAGUGGCUACGGUGAUUGACUAUUACAACAGGUGGAUGCAGAAAUGGCCGACGCUGCAGGCACUCGCCAAAGCUUCCCUGGAGGAGGUGAAUGAGCUGUGGGCAGGACUUGGCUACUACUCACGAGGGAAGCGGCUGCAGGAAGCAGCACAGAAGGUGGUGUCCGAGCUGGCAGGUCAGAUGCCUGCGACGGCCGAGGAGCUGCAGAGGCUGCUGCCGGGAGUGGGGAGAUACACAGCAGGAGCCAUCGCCUCCAUCUCCUACGGGCAGGCGACAGGAGUGGUGGACGGGAACGUGAUCCGAGUCCUGUGCCGGGUCCGAUGCAUCGGCGCCGACUCCAGCAGCCCGGCUGUCGCCGACAGACUCUGGGAUUUGGCCAAUGCUCUGGUCGAUCCAGCCCGGCCAGGGGACUUUAACCAAGCCAUGAUGGAGCUGGGAGCUACUGUGUGCACCCCCAGGGCCCCGCUGUGCAUGGAGUGUCCUGUGAAGCAGCACUGCAAGGCCCGUUGCCGGGUGGAGAAGGAGCUGGAAUUUGCCUCCAGGAGGCUGCUGGGAAAAGCUGCCUCCAGUUGCUCCCAGGCACCUGACAUCGAGGAGUGUGCCGCCACAGGCAGCUGCUCCUUGUGCCUCCCUGCCUCGGAGCCCUGGGACAGCAGCCUCGGGGUGGCCAACUUCCCCAGAAGAGCUGCCAAGAAGCAGCCCCGGGCAGAGCGGACAGCCACGUGUGUGCUGGAGAGGAGAGGCCCCCGGGGGCAGCCAGAGUACCUGAUCGUGCAGAGACCCAGCUCCGGCUUGCUGGCAGGGCUGUGGGAGUUUCCCAGCCUGGCCUUGGGGCCGGGGCUGAAGGAGAAGCAGCAGAGGGAGGCGCUGUUGGCUCACGUUCAGGCCUGGGCAGGAGAAGCCGUGGCCAGAGGACGCCUGCGGCAUGUCGGAGAGGUCAGCCACGUCUUCUCCCACAUUCACCAGACGUACGUGGUCUAUUCGCUGCUCCUGGGCAGGGACCCCGAGAUGGCCUCAGGCUGGCGGGACGAGAUGCUGGAGCGGCCAGCAUUCCGGUGGGUGACACAGGCAGAGUUCCAGAAAUCGGCCGUCUCCACUGCUAUGAAGAAGGUCUGGAAGGUGUGUGAGCGGCAGAACUGCGAGGGGAGGGGAUCUGGCCAGGGCUGCAAGCGGAAACGGGGCGCCGAUCCCUCACGCGCCGGCCAGCGGAAGGUGGAAGCAGACGGCAGCCUCCCCCCGAGGCAGCUCUCCCUCGACGCCUUUCUCAAGGCCCCCGCUGGGGAAUGACCGCGGCCUCCUGCUCCGGCCGGACCCGCUUGGACUGCACCCAAUGCAGCCCCGUCCCGCUGCUCCUGGGACACGGAGGGUCCUGAGACCCAGCGGACCUGGAGGGCGACGUCGGACGCUGUGUUAGGUCGCAGGGCGGUUUGCUGCUGGCCCUGCCUUGUACACUAGCUUCUUUUCUGCCUGCUUUUACCCACCGCUGAGGUUUUAAUAAAUCUGAACUUUUUCUACAAACUU